GAGGUGCGGAGGCCUGACUGGCUGCUGUCGGGAUCAGCCGGGUGGUUUUCCAGCCCGGUGUGUCUGUCAAGCGCGCUCCUUGGCCGAGGGCUGAGGAUGAAUCCCAGGUGCACGUGCCAUUUGCGAGGCAGGACGCGCGUCAUGACUGUCCCCGGGUUAAUGGCUGGCAUCCCGCUCCACCUGCCACUGUGCCGCCGGCACCCACGGCCGCGCUGCCCAGCGGGCUCUGCUCCGCAACCACAGGAAAACCCAGGGCUCCGGGGGCCCAGCCCGGUGCCGGGGUGCCCGCUCGCCCGGUGGCAUGGACACAUGGACCCGGCGCGGCGCUGCCUUCGACUGCGUGCCGCAGCCGGCAGCCUCCUGCUGCCCUGACUGGAUGGCGGAGCUCCCCGACGCCCUGCCCCUCUCCCGCCUCUCCAUCCCGGGCACCCACGACUCCCUCAGCCUGUUCGGCGGCCGGCGCCUGCGGUGCCAGAGCUGGGGCCUGGAGGCGCAGCUGGCGGCCGGCAUCCGCUUCUUGGACGUGCGCUGCAAGCUGUGGCGGGGCGAGCUGCGCAUCUACCACCUGUGCACCUUCCAGCGGGCCAGCCUGCGGGGCGUGCUGCGCCGCACCCUGCGCUUCCUCCGCGCCCACCCCGGCGAGGCCGUGCUGAUGCGCAUCAAGGAGGAGCUGCCCAUCUUCUCCCGGCCCGGCUUCGCCGCCCAGCUGCACCGCUGCCUGCUGGAGGAGGGCCAGGGCUGCGUGUGGUGCCGCGAGGAGGUGCCCACGCUGGGCCAGGUGCGCGGCAAGAUCGUGGUGCUGGAGGCGCUGGCGCGGGAGGUGCUGGGCAUCCCCUACGAGCGGCUGAGCAUCAGCGACGCCUGGAACGUGCUCUCGCUGGAGCGCAAGUGGGCCCGGGUGCGGCGGCACCUGGAGAAGGCGGCCGGCGGAGACCCCAGCACCAUGUUCCUCACCUUCUGCUCCGGCAACGGGCUCUUCACGUACCCCGAGCAGGUGGCCCGCUUCGUGAACCCGCGCUGCUGCCAGCACCUGCGGCGCCGGGCCGGGCAGCCCGUGCGCUGGGGAGUGGUCAUCAUGGACUUCCCCGGCUCGGGCCUCCUCCGCCUCAUCGUGGCGAGCAAUGGACACGGCACGGCGGCCCCCGGG